UGAGAUUGAUCGUAAUAUAAAAGUGGAAUAUUUUUGUAGCAAAAAUAAAAGGACUAAAUAAUCAGAUUGAUUUAUAUCAGUUGGAACGAAAAAGAAACGGAUUUAAAUUUCUGGGUGUAAGCUUGGGUUGGAGCUAAAUCUUUGAAAAAAGUUGAAUAUCUAUUAUCUUAAAUGGUUAAGUUAAAAGUGCUAGGCUCGGAACCAGCUUUGGAAAUUUAAAAUGAGGUUCGUUGUACCGGUAGUCGCUUUGCUUCGGAAAGCCGUUGGUCCUCCGAACCUCCUUCCAACCACUUUGCCUUUAGUAUGUUUGUGCCUUGGCAUUCUCUUUCUCUGCAUUCCUUUUCUUUCCCUCAAAUUAUUCCCAUUCCAAAUCUUUAUUUCACAGCCAAAGCAGAGACACAGACACAAAGAAGAGAAAAAGAAAAAGACUACGGUUUUGCUUGUUUUGUUGUAAUAUUAUACUUUAAAUCUGAGUUCCCGUGUUUCCUGUCGACUUACAACUUCCAAUUUUCGUUUCUUGAUUAUCUGUUCUUGUUACUGGGUUUGAGUAAGGAGAAAAUGAAAGGCGAAAGAAUGGCUAAGAGAUCAACCUUUGGUAGCAUAAUGAGGAGGAGACUCUCGGACAUUACAAAUUUACAGUCACAACCCAAAGUGUUGACCCACCAAGAUAAGCCUUCUCAGGUUUCUCCACCAACACAGGACCUCAUUAGCAAACUAAUCAAGGAAAAGAUGACAUUGAUGAAACUUAUUGAUGAGAGAAAUAAAAUCAUUGAAUUGAGUGGAAAUGAGUUACAGAAUCUGAAGAUCAACCUUCAGAAGUUGCAGCUGCAGAACUGGAAUCUUGCUCAAUCGAACAGCCAAAUGCAAGCGGAGCUUAAUUUAGGGAGAGAGAAGAUGAAAGCACUACAGCAUGAACUCCUAUGCAAAGAGGCUUUACUAAAAGCAAAAAAUAUGGAAAAUGAGGCGAAAAUGGAUUUGAACUGUGCAAACACUGGCUCCCAGGAAGGAGAGGACGCAGCAGUAGAAUGUUUGCCUAAAGCUAAUGACAAUGGCAUGCCUUGUAGCCACAACAGAAGGCGUUCCACAAGAAGUAAAUGUAACUCUAUGGGCCCUUCUACUUCACAUAGAAUAAUUGGAGAGAAAGAGAAGGUAGAAAACAAAAGACGUUGUUUGAGAAGACAAUCUGCUAGGUUCAAGUCCUUUGAGCAAGAACCUACAGAAAACUUGUUUGAGAUCAACGACACUAAGCUGUCCGCCACUCCGCCCCUUGAUGAUCCAAUGUGGAAAGACGGUGCCACCCCAGUUGUUUCAUCCAGUGCUACAACUGAAGAAAGUGGUGGCUUAAGAAAUAAGGUGGAAAUUUCACAUAGAUCUUCGGUUGGAAGACCAUUACGGAGAGCAGCCGAGAAGGUUCAAUCAUACAAAGAAGGUCCACUUAAUACCAAAAUGCGGAGAUCAGAGUGAAAACUUCACAUUGUGUUUUACAUCUUGUAACCUAUGAUACUGUUGUUUUUAACAUGUUGUGAUCAUUUGGCUUGUAGGAUUGGUGUGAACUAGUGAAACAGAGCUUGUGAAUUGUGAAUCAGGGAUAUGAUGGAUGAUAUAUUUUAAUUUCAGAAUGAGUCACAGGGUCACUUUGUGCUAUUUAUUGGUGUUCA